GGAACAUUAAGCGAAUGACUUUGAAACGUCAAAAAGCUUCAACCUCCUUGACAGCUCGCUCUGGAAAUAACCAUUGGAUGAACUGUCUCACGGCGACCCCGCGAUGCUUGACUGUUCCUCAGCCAUUACCCACUUCCUGCUCUGCAUUGGCCACCGUCAUCUUGCACUUCACGAUGUUUUCCCGUUGGCAAUGGAAGGUAAGAAGGGGAUGCCAGGGGCUCCUCCUCUCGCACCAGAGCUUGUCUCUCUACUUCAAGUGACUCGUUGACUGCUUCCCAUCAAUCAACAGGUUCAUUCAGGGUCAGUUGGUUGCUCUAACGCUCGCUACAAUACAAUCUUAGAACACGACUCACUCUUUGUCCUGUUUCUUACAGUCACUCCUUUGUUCACCACCAAAAUUUCCAUUCUCAAACAAGCAAGCAAACUAUUCUUAAUACGUCCUCGUAAUACACCAGUACUGCCUGUUCAUUCAGCAGAGGAGGAAUAAUAGAUCCAUUGUCAUUGACACAUACAAAUAUCUCGACACAUUCCUACUUCACUCCCACAUCCAAACACAACAACACCAAAAAGGUGCAGAUCGGUCGCCAUUCCACUUCGGAAAAGACCAUCCUCAUCCACUACCCACCCAAGCAAAGGAAAAUCACCAAAAAUGCUUCUCUUCAAAGUGGCCAUGCUUGCGAGCAUUGCCUGUGCCUCGGUCUUGCCCAGAUCUUAUACAAACCUCACACCUCGAGCUGGACAAGCAGUGGACCAGCUCCUCCAGAUCGCCCCGACAUCCAACACAUGCGCCGGUGCGACUGCUCCUGAUGAGUGUGCAACGAAUGUUCAAGCCGCACCCUUCCUUAUCGCUGCCAUGUCGAAGUACGAGAUCUUCUCGGUUCCCGAAAUCGCUGCCGUUCUCUCGGUCAUCGCCUUUGAGAGCGGAAACUUCAAGUUUAACACCAAUCAUUUCCCUGGGCGUCCGGGGCAAGGCACACGGGCUAUGUUCAUGCCUAACUUUGUUCUACUCUACGCACGGUCGAUACCUGAGUUGGCCGACAAAUUGAAUGCCAUAACCACAGCGAGCACUGUUGAUGGACUGAGUGACGAUAAGCUCAAUGCCAUCCGGGCGCUCGUGCUGCCCGAUCAGUAUAGCUGGGCGAGCGCUGCGUGGUUCCUCACAACACAAUGCGCAUCCAUACGUCCAGCUCUACAGACAGGUAGUCAAGCAGGAUUCGAGGCUUACAUGGGUUGUCUAGGAGUUACUGCCACUGAUGAUAGACUUGCUUCGUGGAAGCUUGCUACUUCUGCCUUUAUUUGAAGGGAAGAACGCCUGCGGCACUUUUUGCUGGCUAAGGCCGCAAGUUGGUGUGUUCUUGUAGUGAAAUGCAAUUAUUGGAAU